AAGCUGCUAAGUGCGAAUGCUCCGCAGUGAUAGGCGGGCCUGUGUCGCUGGGUAGUGUUGGACAAAGAAGUUGCGUAAGCGCGCUAAGGGUGGCUAUGCUGCCUUAUUAGGCAGCGCUGUGUCUGCUGCGGCAACCCUGGCGACUCGUCUGCCCACAUGUCCCGGCGGCCUCGGCUGGCCCUGCGCGCAGCACCAGACUCAGCUUCCAGUCUCCUGCACGCACGCGCUCCGUCCGGCAGUCAUGUCAGUGAAACCUCCAGGUGGUGAAUGCCAUGAUCUCUUUGGAGCAGAUUGUAAAGGAUCACCAGGUCACCUGAGGGUACUGAAACCACCAGGUGGAGGAUCAAGUGAUAUUUUUGGGACUGCACCUGUGGAACAGAGCCCCAAACGCCGCACCAAUUAUAUGCAGUCAUCAUUAUUCGUUGAACCAGAAUCUGUUAAUACUACACCUGCUCGUGUAAAGUCUGGUAAUGAUACCCACAAUAGAUUAUUUGGUGAAGUGACCACGAAACCUGUUACUCCAUAUUCAUUGAAAUCUAAAUCUAACCUUGGCUUUGGUGAUGAGCUGGAUAACACACCUGCUGCUAAUGGCAAGAACAUAUACUCUCCCAGAGAAGUCCGUCGUAACCCUGUUACUGGUGAUGGUAUUGAGAGUGCAGAUGGACUUAACAGAAAUGUACGGAGGAGGAUAAAUAAAUUUCUUGGAGAGGGCACCACUACCAAUGGCGUGAAAGAAGCAUCUGUUGCAAAUGGCAAUGAUAAUGCAAAUGAAACUACCAACAUUAAUGCCAAUGUCAACAAUGAAAACACUGCUGUCUCUGCUUCUGCUGCUUCGGUCCCUGCUGCCUUGGCCCCUGCUGCCUCGGCCCCUGCUGCCUCCACUGCUACAUCUUCUCCUGCACGAGCUGCCACUGCCCCACAGCGGAGCCGUGUCCCUCCGGGAGGCUUUUCUUCUGGGUUGUGGUGAAGCGAUACUGUCUUGAAGUAUUCCUCUUUGCGUGUGCUGAAUAAAAGUCCUAAUCUAACGUA